CUCUCUCUAGUUUAUACGAAAAAAAUUGUUUCACUUGCAUUCGUGAAAAGCGGUCUAGUGAAAAAAUCAGCACAAUGGCAUCCUUAUGCAGGCAAAUUGUUAGAGGAAAUGCAUUUAAAAGUGUUCUUUUAUCCACUGCCCGACGGGGAUAUGCCGACAAAAUGAUGCCUGACCCCCUGGAGCAUGCUACUGGUAUGGAGAGGAAGGAACUGCUGGCCAUGCAGGCCGGCAACGAUGAUCCCUUCAACAUGAAGGUGCUGAAGAAAGCCGCUGGAACCCGCGACAACCCCACCCUAGUGCCCUCUUGCUUUGACGCCCGUAUUGUUGGGUGCAUAUGUGAAGAGCACGCCACAGCCGUCACCUGGCUCUGGUUACACAAGGAUCACCCCCGCCGCUGCGAGUGUGGCCACUGGUACAAACUGAUUGAGAAGCAGCCCGUCUAAACGCGUCUAAAUAUGUUUAGUUUCUAUAGUAGUGGUGUAACACGCAAUAAUGCGCAUCGCACAUCCACAGUACACUGCCAAGUGUAUAAAGUAUUUACCAACCAAGAUGCGUUAGUUGAACAUAAUUACCAAAAUCGACAAAUCAUUAAAUAAUUGUAAGCAUACUAAAGUGUUUUAUUGCCUUGCGUUAGAAGUGUAUUUGUUGGUUCACUUUGUCAGUGUAGUUUAAUAAACAAUCUUAUUUACGGCGUUGGAAA